AUGGCUAAUCAGACACAGAGUGACAAAAUAGAGAUGAGCUUGGGUGAUAUCGAAAUUGCAUAUGGUGCUGGCCCCUAUUUAGAAAUAAUGUUCGUGAAUCAAGUAACACUUUGGAUUAAAGGACGAGCAAUUCCAUACCCUAAGAUUAUCAGUGCCUUCAAAUUCGUGGAUCUUUCCUACAACAAGCUGUCAGGCAAUAUUCCCGAGGAAAUGGGAGAGCUGAAGGGUUUAAUUGCUCUCAACAUUUCAAACAACAAUCUGAUAGGCAGCAUUCCUAAUUCCCUGGGAGGUAUGGUUCAGCUGGAGUGUUUGGAUCUUUCAGGAAACAUGCUGUCAGGCAACAUUCCAGCAGAUCUUUCAAACCUCACAUUCCUUUCUGCUUUGAAUCUUUCAUACAACAAUCUUUCCGGGUUAAUACCCCAAGGAAAGCAGUUUGCAACUUUUGAGGCUUCUUCUUAUCUGGGGAACGCCAAUCUUCACAGGCCUCCCUUGGAAAACAGAACUCUGAGAUCUGGUUGGGGUGAAAGAGGUGGUCAAGUACAGUCGAAUAGCACAGGAGUUACGGACAAUGAUGCAGAUGCAGAUGAAGAUGACUUGGAUCGAUGGUGGGCAGUGGCAAUGGGGUUAUGUUUCGGGGUAGGAUUUUCCACUGUGAUUGCAAUUUUGUGCUUUCACCUAAAAUGGAGGUACACAUGUUUUUUUCUGCUGGAUAAUUUUGUCCAGUACUUUUUUGAACAUUGA